AUCUCCCUUAGACUCCCUUCUUCCUACUCACUCUCUCCCUUGCUUUUCUGGGACGUCAGACGCUUCCUGCGCUCUCGUUGAGCUCUUCCCCGCUGCAGUGAAGAAGCAACAAGAAGAAGAGGAAAUGACAUUGUCAAAUUUAACCAGCGCAUCAGCUGGCGAGGUGAGUGUGUCAUCAGGCAACCGCAUGGAUGGCACCAAUACUGGGAUGCCCCCAACGUCAUCCACCCCGCCCACACCUACUACCACCACCGUCACGGUCUCGAGUGGGCAGCCUCUCACUGUUGCGGUUAAACGCAAGCGGAAUCUGCCGGGUACCCCAGACCCGGAAGCGGAGGUGAUAGCUUUGUCACCAAAGACAUUGAUGGCCACGAAUCGAUUCGUGUGCGAAAUUUGUAACAAGGGGUUUCAGCGAGAUCAAAACUUGCAGUUACACCGACGCGGCCACAACUUGCCGUGGAAGCUGCGGCAACGGACCAGCAAGGAGAUUCGCAAGCGCGUCUACAUCUGCCCCGAGCCCUCUUGUGUGCAUCACGACCCGUCGCGUGCUCUGGGCGACUUGACUGGUAUUAAAAAACACUUUUGCCGAAAGCACGGUGAGAAGAAGUGGAAGUGUGACAAGUGCUCUAAGAGAUACGCUGUUCAAUCCGACUGGAAGGCCCACUCUAAGACUUGUGGUACUCGAGAGUACCGCUGCGAUUGUGGUACCUUAUUUUCCAGGCGUGACAGUUUUAUUACCCACCGAGCGUUCUGUGAUGCUCUGGCAGAAGAGAGUGCCCGAGUGUCAGCAGGAAAGCAAGGUGGUGGACAACCUGAUGGCCUCAUGGGUGCAGGUUCGUCAUCCAUAUCAGUCAUGGGUGCUCCUUCCUCUCCUCACGGUAAUAACGUGGGUCGUAUGAGUGGAGAUCCAUUGGCCUCUGUGGUUCCAUUAGCAUCCAGACCUGGUGGUGGUAUGCCGCAGUCUAUGGUGGGUUUGGGUGGUCUUAGUGAGGGGGGCCAUUCCCUCUUGCCUCGUUGGAGUGGAAACCCCGGUUCUAGUCCUGUCUCAAGGACUGGCACUGGAUUGUCGCUCUGGUUAGGACCUGGGCCAGGUCCUCCUGGAAAUCAGCACCAAAUGCAUCAACUAUUGUCAGGAUCGGAUGGGAAUUCGUCGUUCCUGAUGCAGCCUCACAAAGGGAUGCAGGGUGGUCCAGGUCUACCUGGAAUGAUGAACCCACUCGAUUACGAUGUGCCUCAGGCACCUCGACCUUCAAGUGGUCAUCUUCCAUUGACACCCCGAGGAAGCCUGUUUGCUCAUUUAUUUGCAUCGGGAAAUGGGAUGCAUGGACUUCAAGGAUCAAGUCCAUCGCAAAGUGGAUCCACUGCUGGCAUUGGUAUUUCAGGGUUCUCAGACUUAACAGCAGGAGCCAAUCGUAUGGAGAGAGGGUCUCCAACUUCCUCCGCUGGGUUGACGAGUAACUCAUCUUCAGGGAAUACCAAUGGUGCCGGGAACCUGUCCUCCGUUUCACCACUCUUUAAUGCUCAUCACCAGCAACAACAACACACUGCCUCUGCGCAGAUGUCUGCAACAGCUUUGCUGCAGAAAGCUGCUCAAAUGGGCGCAACUGCCAGCAACACCUCCCUAUUGCGAGGAUUUGGGUUAGGAGGGACAGACUCAAGCUCUAUGGGCAUCUGGCAGGGCCAACGUCAAGAGCAGCAGUCGCAACAGCAGUCCCAGCAGCAACAACAUCAAUCCCAGCAACAGCAUCAGUCCCAGCAACAGCAGCAAUCUCAGUCACAACCUCAAUUACAACAUCAGCAACAGCAGCAGCAACAAUCACAGUCACAACCUCAGUUACAGCAGCAACCACAACAACAGCAGCAGCAGCAGCAAUCUCAGACACAACCUCAGUUGCAGCAACAGCAGCAAGGGAGGGCAGGUGAUCUUCCACUUAAUAGCAUGUGUAACAUGGUCAACCAUCCGUUAAUGAGGCGGCCAGGUGACCUGCAGAGUGUUUCACAAGGGCUGGGUGGGACGUCGCCAGGGCAGAGCAACAAUUUUGGAGGAGGUCAAGGGAGACUGUCCGACAGUUCCGCCAAUGUGCAAGACUUCAUGAAUUCUCUGUCUGGAGGUGCUGGAAUAUUCGGAGGACCAUUAGGUAACAUGCCCUCUAUGUUCGGACCUAGUUCGAACAACAUGGGAGGAAUGCUGCCGCCCAGUACUCAUAGGAUGUCUCCGAGUGAAGUCCUUGCCAACAGUGCUUUCGCUGGAGGACAAGGAGUGUUGCAAGGCUUGAGCCCUUCCUCUCUGUUGCCAGGUCUUGGAGGUUCCUCCAGAGGGGAGAACGAUGGUAGUGACAGAUUUACUCGUGACUUCCUGGGGGUAGGAAGAGCUUCAGGAAUGACAGCUGCUGGCGGAGGGAUGGGUCGCACACUCUCGCAACGAGACUUGGCUAGUAUCACAUCGCUGGGUCCCGGGGUAGACCUAGGCGCUUUCUUCAACCAAAGAGAGAACCUGCGAUCUGUUAAUGCAAGCGGCCACUCUCCUGGGAAGUCAUGGGACGCCGCUACCUAGUUUUUUUCUUUAUUUUCCUUCGAUGGUAGUGUGGAGCCCUUUCCUGUCUAGGGUCAAUCGGAUUACCUAGGAGGCAGAUGCAAUUUUGAUUACACUUAGUCUUUCCUUUGUAAUACAUGGCCGGCAGGCAGUGCCCCUUUGUACAUCGUGUCCCAAUCCCCCUUCCUGCCCUCUCUGAAGGAUGUUGCGCAUGCCAUGAUCACUGAGAAAAGCUCUUCAAUUCAGCUGAUGGUGCGUUUGAGUUGUAACAUAGCCCAUUCAGCGCUGCGAGCCUUUUUUGGCCAUUCUGUUGGGCCAGCUUUGCGGUGCCACUAGUUGUUUGUUUCAUAGCUGGUUUCUACCACCUUGUAACAAUUCUUUGUCAACAAAAUUAUAUGCUUCUCAUUUCCUUGCA